AUGGAUCCAAUACCUUUAAAUAGAACAGUUCAAAACAUAUUCAAUAUAUGUCCAAGAAAGGCAAAUACUUUGAGAGAAGCAUGUAAAACUGCACAAGAUACGAUUCGUGAUUCUCCUAUCUUUUCCUCUUCUCCUCAUGAUGUAAUAACUGAUAAGGACUAUGAAUACUUGGCAAAUAAAAUAUUCAUACCAUGUAAACUUGCAUUGGAAACAAAGGAUGCUAAAUUAGUAUUUGCUGGACUCGAUGGUUUAGAAAAAUUAUUAUCAUUGAUUAUUAAACCACAAUUAAUGGAUUUAACAAGUCCACCAGUUUCAAAUGGAGUGAUAGGUGCACCUGCACCAGAAGGAAAGAAAUUGGUUGAAACUGUAGUUGAUUUAAUUGGUUCCUAUUUUGAUUUUCAAGAUCAAAAUGUUCAACUUUCAAUCAUUAAAACAUUAUUAGCAGCAGUUAUAACACCAACAUGUGGUAUACAUGAUACAUGUUUAAUGGGAGCUAUUCGUAGUUGUUAUAAUAUUUAUUUGGUUUGUCAAAACAAGAAUAAUAUCAUGGCUGCCAAGAGUACAUUAUUCCAAAUGGUUGAUUCUAUAUUACAAAGAUUUGAUAAAUCUUCAUUUGAUAGAGAAAGAUUAAUUAAUCAAAAAUCAACCAACAACAAUAAUAAUAAUAACAAUCAUACCAAUACUACUGUUAGUACUGGAACUCCAACAAAAUCAAAUAAUAAUCAUCAACUUGAUAAAGAUGAAGAAAGAAUAAUACAUAAUUAUAAUACAGAUUUAUCAGAUGUAAUAUUAUUAUUUAGAGCAUUUUGUAAAUUAUCAAAAAAGGAUGUACCAGUGGGAGCAGCAUUGGAUUCACAUGAAAUGAAGAGUAAAUUGUUAUCAUUGGAAUUGUUACAACGUAUACUCGAGAAUCCAUUGCCAUCGUUGAAAAUGUCUGAAAAGUUUAUCAAUAGUGCCAUCAAGCGGUAUCUAUCCAUCUCACUGUUGGCCAACGGCAGCAGUUCCAAUCUGAUGGAGUUUAAGAUCACCCUUCAAAUAUUCCUCUCUCUCAUCAUUCAUUUCAAGGAACACCUCAAGGAAGAGAUUGGACAAUUCUUUUCAAAGGUGAUUCUCGAGACACUUUCCAGUCAAAAUAACCCGCAAACCAUUGCCGAUAUAUUUGUAAACUAUGAUCGUGAUCCCGAACACAAGGAUAUUUUCGAGAGAAUGGUCUAUGAACUCUCCAAGGUUGCACAGGGAGCUAGCAGCGGCCAAAUCGAACGAUCGCCCCAAACAUCGGCAGAAGACACCAAAUUCAAGACACUCGGUCUCGAGUGUAUCGUCACGAUUAUGAAGAGUUUGGUCGAUUGGUCCAAGGAAAUCUACGACGAGAACAAGAGAAUCGAAAAACAACGUGAAGUAGAUUUGCAAAAAGAAGAACAACAGGAAAAGGACCAACAAGAGAUUGAGGAAAUGGAAAAACUCCAGAAAAAGAUUGAAAACCAACAUCCCCUACGUUCAUCGAUCGACGAGAAACAAAAACAACAAUUUUUGGAACAAGGAAAGUCAAAAUUCAAUUCAAUGACUCCAAACAAGGGUAUCGACUUUUUAAUUCAAUGUGGUUAUCUUAAAGAAAACCCUAUAGAUGUUGCUCUCUUUUUAAAAAAUCAAUCAGAUUUAAUUCCAAAAAAAAUUUCUCAAUAUUUAUUAUUACCGAAUUCAUUUAAUAUUAAUAUAUUAUAUAAAUAUAUUGAUUUAUUUGAUUUUAAAAAGAUGGAAAUUGAUCAAGCAUUAAAAUCACUUUUAUCAUCCAUUUUAAUUAAUGGUCAUGAAAAUAAUUCAAUGGAUAGAUUAAUUGAAAAGUUUGCUGAGAAAUAUUUUAGUGAUAAUCAAUCUGAAAAAAUUCAUUUAUUAAAUGCUGAAUCUGCAUAUUUAUUAUCAUAUUCAAUUAUAAUAUUAACAUCAGAUUUAAGAAACCCAUCAAUUAUUACCAAAAUAACCAAAGAAGCAUGGUUGAAGAUGAAUUCAAAACAAAACAACAAAAAGGAUUUUGAUGAACAAUAUCUAUUGGCAAUGUAUGAUAGAAUGGCAUUGGAAUCUUUUAUAUUGUUUGAUCAACAAGAAAAACAAGAUGAAGAGGAUAAUACCACCGGCGGUAACGGUAAUAAUAAUAAUAAUAAUAAUAAUAAUGGUAGUGGAUAUGUUAAUGGUACACUUAGAAAUUCUGCAUCUCAAGAAAGAUUAUUAAGAUUCAACAAGGAAGGAGAUUAUAUAGUUGAACAAUGUCAAAAAUUGAUCAAGUCAAAGUUGGAAAAGAAAUCAAAGUUUUAUCGUGCUCGAAAUAUUGAACAUGUUAGCCCAAUGUUUAUCUCGACUUGGUGUUAUGUCUUGUCAACACUUAGCGUCAUUUUGGAUGAAAGCAAGGACAGAAAGAUUAUUCAAUUGUGUCUUGACGGUCUCUCUUAUGCCGUUCGUGUCAGUUGUAUCUUUUACCUAAAUGUCGAAAGAUCAUCUUUUAUCACUUCACUCUCCAAACUCUGUCUUUUGGACUCUGCCCGUGAAAUCUCUAUCAAGAAUAUCGAUUGUAUCAAAGCUCUUGUUCAAAUUGGUACCACCGAAGGUAACUAUUUACAAGAUUCUUGGACGCCCAUCCUCAAGACUAUUUGCAUCCUCGAGAGACUCCAUCUCAUCAAUGACUCUCAAAACACUCCUCCUCAACACUCGGCCCAACCAACCAACCAACCAUUAUCCAAUCAAAAGGCUCUCUCACCGACCGUAAACUUCCCCUCAGUCGUUGAAUUUUCACAAAAUUCUUUACAAAAUAAGAUUAGAAUCUUGGUUGAAGAAUAUCCAAAAGAUACUGUUUUUGAUUCAAUUCAAAUUGAAAGAAUUUUUACAAAUACCAUUUAUUUAUCAGAUGAUUCAAUUAUAACAUUUAUAAAAUGUUUAGUUGAAGUAUCAGAAGAAGAAAUUAAUCAUUAUUCAAGAAUUUAUAGUGUAAUGAAAUUGGUUGAAGUGAUUGAAUAUAAUUUAAAGAGAAGAAUUAGAUUGGUAUUUUACAACAUGUGGGAGAUUGCAGUUAGUCAUUUUAUUCGUGUUGGACAACACAACAAUAAUGAUUUGGCAUUACAUGCAAUCGACUCGUUACGUCAACUGGCCAACAAGUAUUUGGAAAGAGAGGAAAUGUCCAAUUAUAAUUUCCAAAAUGAAUUUUUAAUGCCCUUUGAAACGGUCAUGUCAAGCAACAACUCUGUCCAAAUCCGAGAGCUUAUUAUCCGUUGUGUUGGUAAUCUUAUCCAAUCAAAGUCACAAAAUAUCAAGAGUGGUUGGAAGACUAUUCUCAAUGUACUCAGUCUUGGCUCGACAGUUCCCUAUGAACCAAUUGUCGUUCUUGCCUUCCAAAUUGUAGAAUCUAUUACACAACCAAAGAUUCUUUCUCAGGUACCCUCUCAUCACUACCAAGAUUUAAUCAAUUGUAUUGGUAGAUUUGCUGCACCCGCCGUUCACUUUAAUGAAAUCUCCCUAAAGGCUGUCAAUAUUCUCGAUCAACUCACCCGUAAUCAAUUGAUCAUUGACAGUGCCGGAAAAGACUACCGUCCAUUGAUCCUCAAGGCUCUCAUUACCCCCAUUACCCAUGACAGUGAAUCUGUUCGUUCACUAUCCUCUUCCAUGCUGUUCUCCUUUUUACAAAAUCUUUCUACCACUUUUACUCAAGAUACUUGGUCUCUUAUCAUUAAUGAAUUAAUCAAAAUUAUCAAAAAAAUUAUAAAUUCUAAAAAAGCUCUAGCUAUAAAUGAUUUUGAAUUUAUUUGGGUAAAACAAACAUGUCCAUCAUUAUUAAAUGAUUUUAUUAAUCUAUUUUAUAAUCAUCAUGAUCAAUUAAUUAACUUUUAUCCAAUUUUAAUUAAUUUAUUUGAAUCUUUUGUUUAUAAUUUAAAUCAAGUAGUAUCAAAUAUUGGAUGUGAAUAUUUAUGUAAAUUUAUUCAAAAAUGUGGAUGUUAUUUUAAUCAAGAACAUUGGCAACAAAUUUCAAAAUUGAUUGGUAAUGAAAUAUAUUAUCAAUUGUUGGUUUCUCAAAAUAAUACUUUGCCCCAAGACUUUUCAUUGUUGGGUGGUGGUACUGAAGACUUGGCCGGUAAAAAGUUGGACGAGUUGUUAUUUGGUAUCGAUAUCCCAGUGUCGUUUGUAACCCUAUACAAUUGGCAGAUCAUUACAAAUAUGAUGCAAAAAAUGACUCAUGUAGUGGUAGAGAUUUACAAACAAGUACCAAAGCAAUUCUGUAUUGACAUUAUUCAGUAUUGGUCAUUCAUAUACAAAUUGGCCAAGAAAUUAGACAAAUCAUCCUUUUUGGUUCAUCAGUCGUCGUCCUCGACAAGUGCUCCAUCUUCACCAGUGUCUGGCUCACCAACCCUACAACCAAUCAGCCACCAACAACUUCAACUCAAGCUUCAUUUUGAAACCACCUCGCUGUCUUGCUUGUUAGAGUUUGGCUUUGAAAUGUUUUUAAAUCAACACUGUCAAGAUCGUCAAAACCAAGUUGAAAUCUUGAUCAAUGGAUUGGUGGUUGACUUAAUCCAAGAAUGGAAUGGAAAGGCCGUUACUCCAGCUCCCAUUGUCAUGAUUGUAAAAUUAAUGAUUCACAACAUUGACAAGUACAGUGGCCUCCAAUUCUCAACCCACUUUCCAACUCUCUAUCCAUCGUUGAUUGAUCUUUCACUCAAUGACAAUGCAGAAAUCAGAUCCUCUCUCAUGACACUCUUGACUCGAUUCGGUAAAAAUGCUCUCUCUCCAAUCGCUCCCAUUACCACUCCAGAUCCCCUUCCCCUUGAUCCUCCUGUUACUACUAUCCAAAAACAACCACAAGUAACCCAAAAUCUAUUCUCUCCAACUCCUACACUAUCAUCUCCAAUUACUUCUCUUCUUGUUCAACAACCAAAAGAACAAGAACAAGAAAAAGAAGAAGAGGAGGAAAAGGUUGAAGAUGAAGAAGAGGAAAAAGAGGAAAAAGUUGAACAACAAGAACAACAACAAGAUAGCCCAGUUUUAGUUGAACAACAAGAAGAAAUGGAUCAUGAAGAAAAACAAACAACUGAAGAAGAUGUAGACGAUCACUUUGAAGAAAUUAAAGAUGAAUUGGAUGAACAAGAUGAUGAUGAGCAAGUCAUUAUUGUCGAUGAUUUAAAAGAAACUAGUGAAAUUAAACAAUUGGAAGAAUUGGAUAUUAAAGAAUUUGAAGAUGACGAAGAACAAGAAACAAACAAUCAAGAAGAAAUUGUUGAUCCAGUGCCAGAAGAACCACAAGAAGAAGAAUCAAUACUUUAA